UAGCCCCAUUCAAGCCUGCUGAGUGCAUCCCUAGCCGGCCUGACCCGCGGGUUCGGGCAGGCGGCUCGAAACUUCCGUACAGCAUGGCGGCUCCCGAGGCUGUGAUGCAGGAGAAAGUCUUCCGUACAACAGGGCCGCCUACAGACCCGGAGCCCCGCCCCCUCCCGCCCAGCUCCCGGAAGUUUCCUUUUGAAAGCGUGGCGGCAAGCUCUGCCGAGUCCAGGGCGGUUGCUGCCGAGCAUCUUUUGAAAGCUAAUCAAGAGGACUGCGGGCGGGAGCGGCUGGAAAUUGGGGCCCAGCCAAGCUGCCCGGCUACUAUGGCCACUGCUAAGACGGUGUGCGACACUCAGCCCCAUUCGUUGCCCAGCGGCGGCUUGGCCACAGAUGCACAAACUCGAGCUACUUCUAAGCUACCUGUUAAGUCCAAAGAGGCUGAUGUGUUUAGACAUUUUCAUCCAGGAGGCUCAGAUCAUGAUGUUACAAAAGCCACCAAACCAAGACGAGAGAAUGGGCAAGUGAGAACUACAGAGGCCCCCAACAAGAAGAACAUCAGGAAGAGCUACAAACCACUGAAUAAGCAAAAACCAGAGGAGGAACUAAAGGAUAAAAACCAGCUCCUGGAGGCCACCAACAAGCAGUUACACCAGAAGCUGGCAGAGACUCAGGGAGAACUGAAGGACCUGACCCAGAAAGUGGAGCUACUGGAGAAGUUUCAGGAUAACUGUUUAGCAAUUUUGGAGAGCAAAGGCCUCAACCCAGGCAUCGAGACCCUGGCAUCACAGAGGGAAUCUACUACAGAUCACACGGACUCCAUGCUGCUCCUAGAAACUUUACAAGAUGAAUUGAAGACUUUCAAUGAAACUGCUAAGAAGCAGAUGGAGGAGUUACAGGCCUUGAAGGUGAAGUUGAAGUUGAAAGAAGAAGAGAGGUUCCGGUUCCUGGAGCAGCAAGCCUCAUGUAAAGACCAAGCCAGUGACUUCACAGUCGCCCUGGAGGAAAUGGAGCAGCUUUUAGAGAUGUAGUACAGGGCAGUGGCCAAACUCCCAGAGGAAGCCAGCUAGGGUAUCCUCAAGGACUCACCAUCCCUUAUGCACUGUGGCAGGCAGUUAGUUGAUGCAGAGUGGGGUUCCUCCUUAAGCAGACUGCCCACCUUCAGACUGCUCAGCUCACCUGAACCUCACAUGUUGCUCAUGGAGGCCUGCAAGAGAGGGACCUAGAAGCUUGACUCCACCACCUGCGCACAGAGCACCAGCCUUCAGAGCCAGGAUGCUAAACCAGCCACCUUGGAGAAUCUAGAGGCGCUUAUGCAGAAACGUGGGAGGAAAGCCUUCAUACAACAGUGCAUGUACUGUACAGGAGAUGUCACUAAGAACCAUGCUGUCCCCUGUUGGGCCUAACUAAGAAGGGCUCGGAUGUGAGGCCCAGUGUAAGCUCCUGAGCCUGACUUGAGUUUGGCCACCUGUCUCUAACCUGUAACCUCCACGUGGGGGUGACUCAGCCAGACCUAAUGUAAGACUGCCCCCUGCCUAG